AUGAGGUCAGAUCCUACAACUCAAACGCUAUUUGCGUGUGCGCUAGACGUGCUGACUACAGGUGAUGUAUUCGCCAAAGCUGAGAAGACGGCAACAUAUGCAGCCAAAUGGAAGAAUGGCGAAAUUAAAGUCCUACGGAAUGAGAAAGACAUGGAGAAUCAUGUACCCGACCAGCCCACGCGGCCUGAAAACGUGCGAAUUGUCCCAGCUCAUAAGGCAAAGCAAGGCUCUGUCAAAGCUUUUGUACACUGUUUAGCUCAAGCGGAGAGCUGCGCUAUUGAUGUCAUGUGGGAUAUGGUGGCACGAUAUAUGCCACAUAAUCUGCCUCGUACAUUCUAUGAUGAAUGGGUUCGUAUUGCUAAUGAGGAGGCCGAGCACUUUACUAGAUGGGCACAUCGUCUUACGGAGUUAGGAAGUUUCUAUGGAGAUUAUCCUGCUCAUAAAGGCUUUUGGGAUGCAGCAUUCGAUACUCGCGAUAAUAUUCUCGCUCGUUUAGCGGUUGUGCAUCUUGUACAUGAAGCACGUGGCCUUGAUGUGUUUCCAAACGCAGUUCGGCGAUUUGAAAAAGCAGGUGAUGAUAUAAGCUUGAAAAUCAUUCACAAGAACCAUAUCGAAGAGAUCACGCAUGUGGGUGCUGGAGUGCGUUGGUUUCGAUAUUUCUGCGAGCGCGAUGCUGUCGAUCCGAGUAUAAAGUUUCAAGAAAUUGUGCAUCAAUAUUUCAAGGGCACGUUAAAGCCACCCUUUAACAAGAAAGCACGUGACCAGGCCGGAAUGCCGGAGAAGUGGUACCUUCCACUCGGAUCGGACCCUGAUGACACCACGAGUACUCUUUCUGCAAGCUCUUCGACAGUCAAAGCGGCUACUGCCAUGAUUUCCACAAUGAGUCUGAAUUAG